AAUCGCUCACAGGUAAACCGCGUUCUAACACACGGCCGGCAUUUCUGCUUAUUGUUUACACGAGGUGGCGUGAAACAAUAAUUUGCAAAUUACAGGGUAAGAGUUUUUUUCUUCCUAAUUAAGCUUAUUAAUUGAAAAGCUUCAUAAGGUUACUUUGAUUCGUUAAUGAAAACAAGCUUUGCAAACAGUAUUAAAUUCACAUGAUGGCCUAUCGCUAACAUUUAGCUUAGCUUAGCUUAGCCUUAAGCUAAUGUAAUACAUGCAACGAAGCCUACAUGUAUGUCAAUACCAUCCGGAGUUUGAAGCAAUUUUAAAGAAUGCAUGACUUGCCCACGUACAUCUUUCAACGCCUUAUAUAAAAACAUAUACGUUUGAAAUUAGCUGGAUCCAUCAUGGAAGCAAGUCAUUACCGGUGUUCAUUAUUCUCAGUUAUUAAUUUUACUUUGCGUUAUUUUCCUCACUUAUACAUUGUCCGUGACUGUGCUCACAUGGUGGAUGGCUCCUCCUAAAAUGUUCUGCAAUUAGUAUAGGAUUUAAUGGAGCCGAAACCAAUUGUGGAAUUGCACGCAUUUUAGGCCUCCUACUGAUGAACAGUUGCGACACGUAGAUAUAUAUUUUUUAGCAACUAAGAUAAUUUGCAGUCUGUCUACUUUGAAUUAUUCUGUGAUCUUGCCCAGUCAGCUGUUUUAUUAAUUGCACUGCUUACAUCAUGUACUCAUACUUUUUAAAUUGCAUCGAGUAGCUUUAACACUGCUUCUGGGGAUUUUGUUCCACGCUUGCUUAAUUAAAUACUUAUCGUAUCAUCUGUACUGUACAUGUUGCGUGACUACAUUCUGUUUUAAUACUGUAAAUAAUUUAUUACAUCAACAACGACAGCUGAAAAAGUAUAAACAGGACGUAACGUGUCGAUAAUUCCAAUAGUCGAUAAAAAUCGAUCGUUGUCGAUAAAAGUCGAUAUUAAUUAAUCAACAAAUAUCGGAAAUCGAUAAAAGUCGAUCACAAAAUUUCUUGUGAUUAUCGAUUUUGAUUGACUUUUGGAGUUAGAGUUCGAUUUCAAUCGACUUCUAUCGAAAAGUAUCGAAAGAUAAAAAAACGAUCAUAUGUAGAGCUAUGUAUGUUUCAAUAUUUUAAUUUGCACUGUAACUAGAGCUGAGUAGAGAGCUACAACUUCUUCCCAGUAAAAACUCCAAUAUGAAACAAAUCACCCCAACUCAUGACUGAAAUUAUUUAGAGGUCGAACACAAAAGUACCGGCAGAUGUGCGCCAUUUCCAAACCCCUAUAAAUGUGAGUAAUUUUCUCACCAAGAAAUGUCAUAAAAUUGACCUGGAAAAUUAGCCAUGAAGACACCAGUGCAAUCCAAAUCUGAAGUAACUGAAUGAUCGUGAUACAGCACUCUUCAUUUGAUGCAAUGCUAUAAAUUGCGAUGAUCACUGAAUUAAUUUUUUGAAGAAAGAUGGCAUGUAAGUGUAUUGUAAAAGCUUCCAAAAAAAAUAAUAUGUGCAAAACGAGGUGCCGAAGGCACUCCUUUCGUUCAUCGUAGUAAAACAGAAACAUUGGGCCUUUGAUGAAAGUACAUGCAGAACAAUUUUCAUACGGAGACUGGUACUCAGAAGAUGAAAUCACGUCACAUCGUUUAAUUGUAUCUGAGUACUUUGUAUAAAUCAAAUUCAGAAAUAUAGCCUGGUGUGAAAUUGGGUUUGGUAAUCAUAUGGUUAAUCUUUACACUAAAAAAUACUAAUGAAUUUUUAAUAUAUAAAAGAAUAUUAAUAAUAUUGAUAAUACUAUUUCAAAGAGAAUGACAUUAUUACAAGUACAAAGUGCUCCCUUACAUCAACAUUUUUUAAAGUGACCUUUUGCCAACCCUUAUUAUGAAGUCGUUGCCAGAAAUAAGAUAUUGGUUUUGCAUAAAAUAAUCAAAAUGGCUGCCAUAUUUUUUCAAAAGAGGGCUUAAAUAAUAUUUCAAUGUUUAACUCACUUUUAUAACUGUAGCUAAAGACCUCAAACACUUAAGCUAAUAAUUAUACCAGUAUGGCUAAUUGACACAUGGCAGUGGGCACAUUAAUAAAAUUGGCAUUUUUUGCUGUAAAUAUUUUAGUUGCCAGCAUUAUUUUCUACUUGCUACGGAGACAAAAAUAGUUGCAGCUUAAAAUGCUGGUACAAAUCACUGGUACUUACCAAGAAGAAACUGUUGUGAAUGAAUAUACCUUUUUGGCAUGCAUGUUUUUUUUUCUCAGUUUUAAACAAUUUGCAAGCUAAUUACCUCCUUAUUGUUUAUAUUUCUCCUUCUCACAGUCUGAUGCGAGCUACCAGUUGAAAAGAAAAUCAUUAUUGUGUGAUCAUGGAUCAGGUGAUGGAUGCCAGUUACCCAGAGAAUGCUACUGACUCUAACAAUAUCAAUUCUUCAUAUCCUAAUGCAUCUUCAGAGAAUUUUACUGAUGAUGCUUGGGCUUCAUUUUCUGACAGUUAUCACAAGGAAGUGCACAGGGUAAGACUUAAUUUUCACAGUUGCUAAACCUGUGUAGAUCUGAAAUUUGAGGAUCUUGUAUUUACACCUGUAGCACUAAUGCUGUCUUCAUUGACCUACCUGGAGAGGAACACUCAUUAUCAAUUCAGCCCCCAAGUCAUUUUUGAUGAAUCCAGCUGUAGCUGUAUCUAUUCGUAAUUAUUUUCAGAUAAUUUUGUACUCAUUAGCUUCAUGCACAACAGCUCCCUGUACUAUGUUGAAACUGAUAUUACAGCUGACACAUGAAACAGAACACAGCUGGUCUUGUUUAUUUAGAAUUAACAGCAUGAAAAUAAUUAGAUAAAUUCAUUAAGUUGCUAAACCUGUGUAGAUCUGAAAUUUGAGGAUCUUGUAUUUACACCUAAGCAUCACGUUGUACAUAUAUAUAGAGAAUUAAAGACGAAGUGUUUGUGUGUGAAGUUGGACAGCUGGUACUUUGUAGGUGAUCAUAUCAGACUAAAAACUACUAUAUGGGAAGGUUUCAGUAACAGUUUUAAAUGUCAAAAUAUUCAAAUUGAAGGACUGUUGUAAGGCUGAGGCCAAACGUUGAACUUUUCAUGAGACGUUCAAACCAAACUCUGAUUUGGGUUGACCUAAAUCAAGAGCGUCUGUUGGGUCAGAUGUAAAUUUUAGGACAUGUCGAACCAUUAAUCAGACCAAAAAACAAUUUUAGCCAAACGAGACUUAUUUAGUUGUUUAGUUCGCAGCAUGUGAAGAUCAAGAAUUGCCCUGGAGACAAUCUUCAGACGUUCUCUAUUCAUUGGUCUGAAGCAGAUGGAUAGAAUGUGUUGGACGAUCCAAACUCAUUCAGAUGAACUUAAAUGAGCCAGACGUGAAACUUUUCAUGGACUUUACUCAAUAAGUUUGGUUCAUCUCAUGAAAAGUUCAAUGUUUGGCCGAGGCCUUAGAGACAUGCUUUUUAGUGUGAUCCUAGCUGAUUGGCCCCAUAGAGUGUAUCAUAAAAAUAUCUAGGAUUGUCCUGAUUAAAUAAAUGUAAUAUAUAUAUAAUUAUAAAAUUAUUUGCAUUUAAGACCUUUUUUUUAAUCAAGUGAUACUUUUCUUUGUAAUGAUUUGAAUUACAGUACAUCAGUCAUGAGCUAAUUAGGAAGCCAUGUUUAAAAAAAUAUGAUAAUGUAAUACAAUUUUAUUAAAUUUACUACAUUAACAUUUUUUCUGUUCUUCUUGUCGUUGUUAUUGUAGAAACAAAAUCCUGAAAAUAAAGCCAACUGUUUUUCUCUGCUUACAUUCUGGUGGUUGAACUGGUGAGAAAAAUAAUUUAUUGUGAAAGAAACAUUUCGGACUGCCUGUGACAUGAAUAUGACCAUGCACUCCGAAAUUUGUCUUUUGUUCUGUCAUCUUGUUCCAAGAAAAAAAGACAAUCAAUGCUUAACAGUAUCCCAGUUUGACAAGUAUGCAGUUCAGAUUUUAAUAAAACAGAUUUGUGACAAAUAAGUACAUUUUUCUGGAAAGAACUUGGACUUCUUAAAGAAUUCUCAAAGUUUUUUUUUCUGCGCAUGGUUGUCUUACAUUCGAACAGAACAGAAUUCAAGAUGGGGUUUUUUUUUUUAAAAAAAUGUACCCAUUCACUCUUGUAGUAAAUAAAAUCGAUAUAAAAGUAGGAAUUGGAAUGUUGAAAAGUCACAUCUGAGCACAGCUGAACAUUAUGGUGUACUCAAUAAUAUUUACGGUAUUUUUAAGUCUUCUUUAAAAGCACCAAAGGCCCAAUUGCAGUGUUAUUAAUUUUUUAGGAUAAUUAAAACUGGUUAUAAAAGACCGCUAGAAGACAAAGAUUUAUGGGCAUUAAGAAGAAAUAACCAAGCUUCUUAUAUUGUACCAAGACUGAAGAAGAAAUGGCUUGAGCAACAAAGGAAAUGCAGGAGAUUGUAAGUAUAGUAAUGUUAUGACGAAUUUACUACUAACAGUAAACUUAUUGUGCAGCUUUUAAUGUUAAACCUUGCUCCAAUUGUCAUUGAUAAUAAUAAUAAUAAUAAUGAUGAUAAUGAAAAAAUACAAUAAAAAAUUAUAUAUUGAUCAAUGUCACAAUAGAAAUGAAUAGAAAUGAAAAUGAAUAUGACAUGAAUUUGAAUUCAUAAUAAUUUAAGCACGUUAUGCCUAGCUUGUGAAGUGAAAUAAAGAUAACUUAGAAUUGGAUAAUACUUAGGCAUUACCAUUAUACACUACAAGAACAUUAUAUUGUUCUACUGACAGUGGUAUUCCUCGUUGAAUGGAUGAGUUACAGAUAACCACCUGCCAGUAUAAUUAUUGAAAAUGUUGAUUACUGUAAAAUAGUACCUAUAACUGAACAACAAUCACGCUUAUUUUCAAAGAAUGUAAUUUUGUUUGGUUUUGAAGGAGUGAAGUUAGAGGAAAUCAAGAAAAAGAGGUAGAAGAUGAAGAUGAUUACAAAGAAACUGAUAGUUUGUUAGGUAAUGAACAUGAAUCUGAAAAUGAUGGUGAAGAUAUAUCCAUAAGAAGUAAAACAAAGAAGAAGAAAGGCAAGAAGGAAAGAAGGAAAGAAAAAAAGGCUUCCUUGGUAGCAGCCCUUUGGAAUGGAUUAUUUGGAGCUACUUUCGCAAUAGGUGUGAUUUGCAGGCUCUUACAUGAUGCUCUAUUGUUUGUUCAACCUCAGCUUUUAAGGUAAAUGUUUUAAAAUUUGUUUUGACAAUGCAUCUAACAGUACAAAUAAACACCUUAUUGGACGAGCCACGACAGACAAUGACACUCUAGUUUGAUUAUCAGACCUCUCCCCUUAUCACUCCUCUGCUCCCAGAAACGACUAAUACUCAGGCUAAUGACGUAUGAACGAACCCGUGCGAAGCAGUUAGGGCUCCCCUGCAUAUGUCUACGUGAGACUGCUGACCAGCCGUGUCUCGAGUUUUACUUGUUAGCCUAGAUUUCAUUUAACCACAUUCCAAGUAGCCUAAAGAACUGAGGCGUUUUUCGUGCGAACGAAGCACGAAGUGGACGUGGAGCGCGAGACACGCGCAACAGGAGAAGGCAACCCCCCCCCAUCGUCCGAGUCUGGAGCUCCUUGCUCGCCAAAAAAAAAAACCGCGGGAAAAAAUAUUGGUGGCGAGAAAAAAGAAAAGGAAAAUUAAGAAAAUAUUGUUGUUGUUUGUACAGAUCUAUUUGCUAUUUUCUUUUUUAGGUUGUUGGUUGAAUACACUGAAGACAGAAGUGAUUGGUUUGGGGAGUGGAGGGAAUGGAAAGGUUAUGUUUAUGCUGGAUCAAUGUUUGUGGCAGCAGCUAUUCAGUCUCUUGCUCUUCACCAGUAUUUUCAAAUUAUGAAUACAAUUGGUAUGAGGGUUCGUACAGCUAUCAUCGGUUUAGUCUAUGAAAAGGUACUGGAAAAAAUCGUAGGUUUCCAAGCGUACUAUUAGACCCAAUAUUAAAGAAUCUAUUGCUGGGUCAGUUCACACUGUAACUUAACUUGCAGUAAACAUUGAUGCUAGUAUUUUUAGAUCGUUUUCACUGUCACGCGACCAAAAAUUAAAUUGGAAACCGUCCAGUGGAAGAAGCCAAGAAAAUGACGUGCUAUAAAAGACUAAUAUAUAAACAAUUUGUCCAAAUCUCAGGUCUUUGUGGCCCACAGUUUCUGAGUUAUUUGCCGAAACGUUUCACGCACCCUUGUAGAGCUUUGUAUAGAGACGCCAUAUUGGUGCACCGUUUUGGUGCACCAAUAUGGCUGCCGGAAAACAUCUGGAGUUCACUUUUUCUAUAAAAGCUCUUUGUUUUCGCUCGAGAACUAGCAUAAGCACGCAUAACCAUAUCUUCUAAUACUUGAAGUGGUUAUACUGCUGAAAAUCAAGAGGAGAGACUUUUUUUUCAACAAGACAGCAUUCCUAUUUUGGUGUCACGCAAUGUGAAAACUCGGAAGUUCAAAUUGCUGUAUUUUCGAAAUGAAACGUGCUACGGAAAUGGAACCUUAUGCAAAGAUUUACCUUCUGUUUGUCUUCAACCUAGUGUAAAUAAGAAUUCGUAAAACCUCGCUAUUUUGACUUUACAAUGUGAUGACGUCACAGUGAAAACCAUCUAUAGCGUAGCCCCAUACUUAAGAAAAUGCGGUAAUCUACCCAUUCGAGAAAUUUUUGUAAUCACGUGACUGUACUUCCAACCGACCAACCAACCGACCGUCCGUCCGCACCAGAGGCAUACCAAUGUAAAACAACUCAAUAAACAGGUAUGGCAACUCAAGGUUUUUUUGGCGGGGAAUCGCGUAGCCACCCGCUUCUUGUAAAGCAGAGACAACUAAAGAGUCAAUAAAGACGAAAACGGAAAGCGGGAAUUGUUCCUGUAUCCGUGUUGUCUAAAGUAUUGAGCUUAGAUUAAUUGUCAUGUCCACAAAUUUGGAAUAUAGAAAAAGAGAAAGUAGGCGACAGGCCAGCGAAGCUCAACCAGAAAAAGAGCGACAGAGAGCUAGAGCGAGGGCAGGCGGCCCAGACGUAGCGUGUGUCAAUAGCGUGGACAAAAUGGGAUGAGUCGAAUCUGCCAUCUGACACUCUUACGAGCCGCUACAUUUAAAAACCCUAUUAUCGAACUAAAAUAGCCCUGCAGUCAAAAUAUAACAAAACAAAGCUAACAUACCUUUAACUGAACGUCUCCUUGUCGGUCCUGUCCGGUUAAAGUGACAUUUUGUCGAGUUUUGAAAACCAGGCUUUAGCAUUACACUAUUUUAUAUUUUGUUCGAACAAAAUAUAAAUAUUAUCAAGAGCUUCGCUUUUAGCCCUGGCUAAAUCUACAUAUUAGCUAAUACAUAGUUUGAUUUCCUUACUACUGUGCUCUGAGCGCGUACAUGUUAUUUUAGAACUAAAACGCGAUACCUGUCUAGCUUUACUGAGUACAUACUUAGCGAUCGUAUGAGAAUGGCCAUCGAAGCUGUCACAAGUAUAGCGUAAAACUAUCGAGAAAGUAUGCGUCUUUGAUGGUCAUCAGCCUAGUCCCUAGGCGUUCUCGGUUCAGUCAGUCCUAGACUCACUGCGAGCUGUGACGUCACCGAGAACGCGCGGACAACGGGGCAAGAGAGAACACCUAGGGGCUAGGCUGGAUGAGCAUAUUAUUCCCCAGGAUUCUUACACGAUGAAGGACACCCCUGUAUGGUAACAAAGAUACAUUAACACUGUAUCACGUUUAGUUCUUUUUUUCUCAUCAACACGUACUCAUUUUUAGCGCCUAGCAGCGGAAAAAAACUUUAUUUAUAAAUAUUAACUUCAUUGUUUACUGCGAGUAAUGAUAAACUGAUCCUGGAGUAGAUUCUAAUCGGGCCAUUGGCAAGCUGGAAAACCUUUUCUUUUUGAGAAGGCGUCUUUUCCAUUUCUUUUUCUUGAGUUGUAACAUGCAUGUAAGUUUAUUUCAGCCAUCGCAUAUACUCAUAACAGCUGAUAAUGAGAUUUUCACAUCGUUAACUGAUUUUUCUGUCAUGUUUAAGGCCUUGAUGCUAAACUGUAAAUCCAAAGGAAAGUCAACUGCAGGAGAGUUGGUCAAUCUGAUGUCAGUGGAUGCACAGAGACUAAUGCAAAUUAUAACAUACAUGAAUUGUCUGUGGUCAAGCCCACUUCAGAUUGGUGUUGCACUGUUUUUCCUUUAUAACACUCUUGGAUUGUCUGUUCUAGCGGGACUGGGAGUCAUGCUGCUUCUUGUUCCACUUAAUAUGUUGUUUGGAAGUAGAAUGGGCGCUCUACAGGUAAUUGUCUGUUAUUAUUUCGUGUAAAAAAAGUUUGAAGGAUAAUAUUGAUCAGUUUAUUGCCUUUUUACCACUUUUUUUGCGGGCACGUAGUUUUAGAAAAUGAAAGAGGCAAAAUGUAUUUUGCAAGACGUUUUAAUCUUAGAACCUGGCAGACGAAUAGAGUUGAUAACAGUGCACGCGUAGUCGAAAAGAGUCGUUAAAUUCCAUUUUUCCUUGAAAUGUCCUUUAAUUUCUGUUAUAUUCCUUGAAAAGUCCUUGAAUUUUCUUUAACUUUGAAAGUAGUGGCCUGGAAAGUGUUUUUUAAAUGCCUUUUGGUUACCUAGGGCAGAAUAUAAAAUCAAAGCCCAGAGAAGUUAUAGGUGAUUUACAUAAAGCGUUUUGUGGUUUAUAAAAGAAUUAACUAUCAAUUCAAGGCAAGUGGACUGAAAAAUGUAAAGACACUGGUGGAGCAAACAGUUAAGCAUUAAAGUUCUGUUAGCAUGGAUUGGGAAUAUGAUUUAUGUACAAAUCGGUGACUUACAUUCCCAGCAGUUUGUCAUUGAAAAUGUAUGAGGCCUGGAUAGGAACACAAGCAUAUGAUUAUGUUAUUUACGAAAAUCAGCUUUCUGCAUGUUGCAAAAAGUUGUUGCAGAAACACCUAGAGCAGCUCAAGUUCCGCCCCAAAUCAAACUUGUUUUGCAGCAAUUGACGUGACACCUGUGUGUGGCUUGACUUUGUUCCCUUCUGGGAAACAAAGAAAGCGCGUUAAUGCAGUUGAGCUGUCCAGUGAGUUUACAAUCAUUUUUCAAUUAUAUGCUUUAACAGGUUAAGCAAAUGGCUCAGAAAGAUGAAAGGGUAAAAAUAAUGAAUGAAAUUCUAAGUGGAAUAAAGGUAAUAAUACAUGGUACAGUACGAUAUCUACCUCAUUCCUUUUUAAGAUUCUGUCCCAAUAGAAUGUCUUUGCAAAACCCGCCUGCAACGUCGGAAACUAAAAUAGUUUUUAGACUGGUAUACUUGAUUUACCUGCAUUCACUGUUAGUUUCUCAGUUCUCGCUCUUAUAAUUCUCAAGUGUCACACCUUUUUAGGUCUUUGUUUUCAAGAUUUUAGUUUUUCAAGAUAGUCAUCGUCUUUUUUGCUUUUUUUUUUUGCUGGGAUUUUUUUACCCGAUUGUUUCAGUUGUAGGACUUUAAUUCAACACCGGUACUUGCUUUGUAGCGAAAAGCCAUAACAUUUCGUGACCACCCUUUUUUUCUUCGUCAUAUGUAUGUUAGUUUUCGAGGUUUUAAGCUUAAGAUGAAAAAACCCUUAUCCUACCCUAAAAAGACCAGUACUUGCUUCGCUACGAUAAGCAGUACUUAUCUCCUAACAUUUCCCUGGGUAAAAAAGAGGAUUAUACUGUAAAUUGAUCUCGUAACUGUUUAUGAUAAUUUACUCUCAUUUUCAAUGCUUUUCUUUUUUUUUUUAAUCGAACGUUGUAACUUUUGAUGUUUCUUAUUUCAGCCAGAUAUCCUGACAAUCAAACCAAGCCGGUACCUUAAUUAGAAAGUGAAUGAUAUCAGUAUUAUUUAAUUUAACAAUGCUUUCUCCACUUAUAUCACAGGUUCUGAAGCUUUAUGCAUGGGAGGAAUCCUUUAUGAAUGAAAUAAAGCAAAUACGCUAUAAAGAGUUGAAGUCUCUAAGAAAUUCUGGCCUCUGGGCCUCGGGCUUUAAUUUUACAUUUGGCUGUGCACCAAUACUAGUAAGUGAUAUAAGAUAACGUACAUAAUGAUGAAAUACAACAUUACUUUGUACCACACAAAAAUUCUUAGCCUGCUCACAGACCCCCUAUUUUCUUUUCAGAGAUCGUCGAAAUGUCGAAAAAAAAGAAAACGUCUGUGGACAGGCUAGAAAUUAUUAAAACAAACACACAAGACCUGAGGCGUGUAAAGCCCCGUGCAAACGGACGCAACAUUGUUGGCCAACAACUGCCAACAUUGUCGGAUGUUACAUGUUGUGCCCGUUUGCACACCCUUUGCAUGUUGUUGCGAAAGUUUGAAGUCGGUCAAACUUUUGAGCCAACAAUUCCCAACAUUUCUUUGUUCCGUGAUCGCCGAAGCGUAACAAUGUUGGAUCUGUUUGCACAGCUCUUCCAGAAUUUUUAAGGGUACGCAGGCACAUUAUACGUGAUCUCCAAAGUCUUGGGGAUUGCGUCCUUUCUCACGAUGCACUACGGGUCUCAACAUUGUUGGGAGUUCCUGCUUCCGUUUGCACGUAGCUAAAAGUCUGACCGGUUUCAGACUUUGCGCAACAACUCCCUACAAUUCGAAACAAAAUGCAAUAGGGCGGGUGUGCAAACGGACGCAACGUGUAACAUCCAACAAUGUUGGAAGUUGUUGGCCAACAGUGUAGCGUGCGUUUGCGCGGGGCUUUAGGUUUACUAAAUCACUUCGUCAAGCGACUGAAACUUUCAGAUAUUUAUUCGAAAGUCCGUCACCACGAUAUGACAGUUUUUGUGUUGUAUGACUUUGUGUGUAAGAUCUUUUGAUAAACUAAUGUGAACCUAUUAGCUUCAUUUACAUCUCUUAAAUGCAAUAAAAACAUAGUCAUGCAUGAGCAGCUUUUGUUAAAAAAAGGAAACAAACAAAAGCGCAGCCGUAACAUUAGUGUCUAAGAAAAACAGUUGCCAAAUUUUCAUAUAACACGGUAGUCAGUUCCUAGCGUCUAGACAUUCAGUUUUUUUCCAUGUUCCCGUUAUUUUUCCUCCUCAGUCGCUUAACGCUUUUUCCCGAUGCCUUGAGUACAUGCUUCGUAAAAUGUUGGAGAUAAAUAAACUUCAUAUUUUGUCCAGUUUGUCUUUCUCUUAUUAUUAACAUCUUAAAAGAAAAAAAUAAUAAUUAUAAAACGUCCUAAACCGGGUCUGCUGACAAUGAAUGGUCAUCAGACACAACGAAAAUUACCGCAUGUCCAACAAAGUCUUAACUGUAUUUGGAUAUGAAUUCCGGACAAACUUAACCACAAAACGUUAAUUUUGCAGAAUAAAAUUUACCUUUAGUGCAUGUGAAUGGUCGCAUCAAGGAAAUAAUAUUGUUUCAGCAAGUAUAUGGGAGAUAUCCGCCUCUUCCUGCGAAUACCAAGCUCAAUUUUCGUUAACGACUCGUAACAUGUCACCGAUCAAAUUAUUGCGGUUUAGUCCGACCAAAAUCGGACCUAGCCGAACAAAUGCUUUUUAAAGAAAGACACUUUAAUUCUGUCAUGCUCUCCUCUGUAAGUUACGGAGACCUAAUUCAGUGGGAGAAGGCGAAAAUUUAGCAUUUUUCCUCUGACGUUAGUUGAGCUGGUUAUGAUCUAUCCUUUGCUCGAUUGUGUGAACAUUUUCCUCGACCAUGUCCUUUUGUUUUCAGGUUGCCGUUACAACCUUUGCUAUCUAUAUAUUUACUGGUCACCAACUUACAGCCAGCAAAGCGUUUGUUGCUUUGGCACUUUUUAACGUGUUACGAUUCCCACUGGUCAUGCUUCCAGAUGUUAUAGUCACAUUGGUCCAGGUAAAUAUCACGUUGGGGUCAAUUUAACAACAAUUUUGCAAGUGUUAUGUACAAUUCAAGCUAUUGUUUUAGGGCCCGUAAACAAUUAUGUACCUGUAGCUACUCUGACCCCUGGUCACAUACUUGAGAAGUGCAGUGAAAUCAAUAUUUUUCAAAGUAAAAUUUUCUCCAACAGUUUCUUGCACCGUUUCUGACUUUCUUCACCGACGGAGUCAAAAACUACACAUCACUAUCGUUUGCUCUGAUGAUCAGAAUUCCUUUUUGAUAUUUGAUGCUGAUUCUUAACCUAUUUCUUUGCCCAGGCCAGAGUUUCUUUAAAACGGAUUCAGGAGUUCUUAGACAGGGAGGAACUGGACCCUAACAGUGUACAGAAGACGAGAUGUAAGUUCACCCUCAGUAGUCUCAUACUAGGGACCUUAAGCAAGGACGACGACGACGCCAGUGAAAACGUCGGUAAAAAAAAUGAAUUUGCGUUCUUUCAAACUUAAUCGCGUCUGUUUGGACCCGCUCAAUAUGUCAAAUACAGGCGACUUUUCCUGGAGUGAAAUUCUUAAGAAUCUUAUUCAGGUUAAAAAAGAUGAAGGAAAAUUCGUCGUCGUAUGUCCACGACCUCCACAAAUCGUCAAAUUAGGAGGUUUCACGUCGUAGUCGUGCAGUGGACGUCAAAGAAAUGUACUAAAAGGCGUGAUGCACGUGCAGAGCUGUUGUUUUGAUCAUUAAACCUAUUGUUUUUUUGAAGUCGUCGUCGUCGUAGUUGCUUAAGCUCCCUACUGACGCUCUGCGUAGUAACUUGAGCCGCCAUUUUGCAUGCACAUAAGCGCAUGCGCAUCGCAAACCAAAUGUCGUCUGUUCCUAACCUUCCAUUUUUCUUACUUUUAAAUAAUAUAAGCACUGUGAUAUUACUUGUUUGCUUUCAUUUAACAGACGAACGUGCGACUGCUUUGUUAUUUAAGAAAUUUGAAAAAUGACCAGUGCAAUUUUUUUUGGAUGCCAUAAUGUGUAUAACUCUGAUAAGAGUAGCUGGUUAAUGUUUGUUUGAAGUAACCUCUGACACUUGAGAAAUAAGAGGUUCUUUUAAGUUAUAUUACCACAUUAGCAGUGCUUAUAUCUGAAAUCCUUUUGUGGUGACUAUUGUCCUCAUCUCUGUUGCGCUCGCCCAACGAAACAAGUUACCCACAACUUUUGAUUCAUUUCUUUUACCAUAGCGUAUUGGUACUAUCCAGUUGGGGCACGGUUCUCGAAACUUCCAUGAACUUUUCAGCCCGAAGUCAAAAGUUAAUAAUGCAAGCACACAAACCAGUCAAUUUGUUUUGAUAACUGGUAGUUUUUUUGUGUGUAUUAUUUCAGUGUCCUCAUCUUCAGUUACAAUAGAAAAUGGUUCAUUCACUUGGACUAGCAAGGACUUGCCUGUGUUACGUGAGUAAGUAUCUGGAGUCGCGCAACUGUUGAUAAUCGUAAUUAAUCACCCAGUUCUUCAGUUUAGUCAUUCAGCAGAAACACGUACACAUGGCUAGUAUUGCAGGCCAGUGACCUAGUGGUUUUCUGUGUCAGGACAUCGCGCCAGUUAGUAAUAUACCGCAGUGCGCAGAGUUAUCCAUAUUAGGUGUUACUUUCCAACAAAUUGUAAAUACAGUAGUCACGUGCGCGCGAAGGUAAUUAAGGCGAACAAGUCAUUAUUCGUAUUAGGAUCUUUACGUAAGGAAGGAAUGUCCCAGGAGGAAGUAGAUCACCUUUUUAACGCAAUAGUUUUACCAAAUUUUUCUUACGCUCUGCCGGUUUAUGGUGCCUCAGAUUCCGACCUUUCUGUAAUACAGAAUUUUUUAGACCGGUGUAUAAAAAGAAAGUUUAUGUCCAAGAAUGUAAAUAUCAGGGACUUGCUAGAGAAGGCGGACAAGACACUCUACAAAAAAAGAUCGAAUGACCCCGAAUGUCCUUUAUUCCAGUUUUUACCUAAGGAAAAGAACACGAGGUACAAUCUUACAAAUACGUCAGUCUCUGUCCCUAGAAUCUACACUGACAGGUUUAAGAACGUUUUUAGUAACAGAAUAAUUUUUACAUAUGAUAUGUAAAUAGUUUUUUUUGAGUUUAUAUUGUAACUUAGGAUAUGUAAUUUUAUCUUAAGAAAAAAAGAUUAUUAUUAUUAUUAUUAUUAUUAUUAUUAUUAUUAUUAUUGUGUGUACAUCAGGUCUCAUUAGAAGUUUCAUUCUGUUCUGUUUACUUUUUUUGAUUGUUCUGUUGUUUAGUAUCUCGCUCAAUAUUCGAAGUGGCUCCCUGGUAGCUGUAGUUGGUCAGGUUGGCUCUGGAAAAUCUUCACUUCUUUCUGCAAUUCUUGGAGAAACGGAGAAAUUACAAGGAAAUGUUUUUGUAGAGGUGAGAAUCUUUUGGCUACUGAUCAGGUUAGACUGGUGAAGAAAUUUUAUUUAAUUUUAAAAUGUAACAAAGUGAGAAAACAACAUUUUAAAUAUGCUAACUAUGUAUGCUAUCGAUUUUGCAGGGUUCUGUGGCAUACGUCUCUCAACAAGCUUGGAUCCAGAACGAUACAGUGCGAGAAAACAUUUUAUUCAGCAGGGCAUACGAUUCUACUCGCUAUAAACAAGUGAUUGAUUCGUGCGCAUUGAAACCCGAUCUGGAAAUUCUUCCCGCGGGUGAUUCUACCGAAAUUGGUGAAAGAGUAUGAAACACAUUUUUAUGUUCUAUUUGUAUUUAAAAUUUUUACAUUGGUCGACUGUUCUCCAUGUACCGCCGGUUAUUGUGACCUUAAGAAGUUACACUGUAGGUUUGUCAUAUUCACCCAGGUGGGGGCAUUCGUUGUCAGAAGCUAACCUGGAAAAAGUCUGGAAAAUGGAGAUAAAGUGUGAAAGUCUUGAGUUGUUUUUUUCCACGCUACAACAUGUGUUUUAUAAGUGACUUUUUUUUCGUUUUGUUCAAAUUUUAUUCAAUCUCGCCCGUACUUUUGCUGCAGCGCAUCAUGAAAAAACGCUUUGUUUCUUCCUCUGUUAAUCACCUAUUAUAUUCGAUAACCUCAAGUCUGGAAAAGAAAUUAUUGUUUUGGAAAAAAGUCUGGAAAAAGUCUUGAAGUUUGACGCCAAAAAUCUGUACGAACCCUGAGUGCAGUUUGUUCUGACUUCUCCAAAAUAAGAUGAAACUGAGUUAUUUAAAGUUAUUUUCUCACUUCUUUUUUUUUCAUUAGGGAAUAAACCUGAGCGGUGGACAGAAGCAGCGCGUGAGUUUAGCCCGCGCUGUUUACUUCAAUGCUGAUAUCUACUUGCUGGAUGAUCCUCUUAGUGCAGUAGAUACACAUGUUGGAAAACACAUCUUUGAUAAAGUUGUUGGUCCCAGGGGAAUCCUAAAAAAUAAGGUUAGUUUUUCUAGCUGUCAAGUCAUGACACUGCAGCACAGCGGCCAUUACGGAUGAAGGGUCAAUGGUGCGUACAACUAACCUGCCAACUCCGAAUGAAUCCGUUAAGGCAAUGUUACACGGGACAAUUGGCAACGAAGAUUUGCAGCACGGCAGAGCGAUGCAACAUUAUUGCGACAUUUUUUUCGAGUUGGCUCAACAUUGUUCCAAUAUUGUUGCCCUAAAAAUCGUCGUGGCAGAUCGUAUCGUGUAACAACACUUUUAGUCGUUGCCGCAACCAGUAUCAAGUGCAAAUCUGUAUUCCUGCGCGCAUAACGGAUCGAUUGCGAAUAUUAGGGAAUACGUUUGAUCUGGCUUGACUGCAAAUGUUUAGCACUGGUUGCGGUCUGUCUUAAGAAUUACUUUCUUAUUCUAGACAUGCUUGUUGCUUGCGACUCAUGGUAUUAUUAUUUCGCACUUUUUGCUAUCCAUCUUUCGUAUUAUGUAGAGCCUCAUUCACAUCAAAUUUUAAACAGGUUUAAAAGCUGUUUAGUUAAACACGGUUUAAAAUCGUUUCCUUUUUAAAACCUGCUUACUGACUCAAGUUAAUUGUAAAUUUACCUGCAAAUUACAAAACAGGUUAAAUUUCAUUUAAAUCCUGUGUAAAAACCUGUGUUCCAGUUUUCCGUCUGCGUUUUCCAUUUUUUAAAACCUGGUUUGAUUAAACAUGUUUAGUUGGUGUGAGUAGCGGAGAACUCAUGUGUGGUAUUCUGUUUCUUUCUUCUUGCAAUCUAUUUACAGUCUCGUGUGAAACUCGUGGUAUUAUCUGUGGUUAGCAGUGAUUGCUGUGUAUCUUAAUAGAAUCGCUUGCUUGUAACUCGUGGUAUUAUCUAAUUAACGGCACUGAUUACUGUUUAUCUUUGUAGACUCGCUUGCUUGUAACUCAUGGCGUUCACUUCCUACCUCAAGUGGAUCAAAUUAUCGUCAUUAAAGAUGGAAGAAUUUCAGAGGUUUGUUUAAAAGAAAAUCCAUUUUCGCUUGGUUUUGCAGUUUGGUGUUUGAAAUAAGUUCUGAGGUUUUGGCUUAAUAGUUCGUUUAUUAUAUACAUCGUGAAACUGUUUUUAGUCUUGUGCAAGUACUGCAUUUUUUGUUGUUGUCGACUGUUCUUUUGAAAUGCAUAUUGUAAAACUCUGUUGCUAAAAUCAACGCUAAGGCAUGUUAUGAUAUGUUGUCUGGUUCAACAGAGAUUACGGAUAAAUUCUUUCAAACAUUCAGCGCAUCACUGAGUGUAAUCUGUACAUUCCAUAUUGGGAGACACUGCGGAAGCCUUUAGGACUGUAACUGGUCAAUGUGAAAAAAACAGCAUCUAAGUAAAUAAUAGUGCUCAACAGCGAAGUCAACAAUUAUAAAUAAGGUAGGCCUGUUAUCGCGGCUGAUAUAAUUUUAUUUUUCAGUGUGGAACCUACGCUGAGUUAUUGGCUAAUUCUGGAGCUUUUGCGGAAUUCCUACAAACGUACACAUCAGAAAAUCAUUCAGUUAAUUCGUCAGGUAACUGUUUUGUUUUGUUGGGAUACUGCUGUUUUUAGAACGCAAAGAAUAAUCUCUUACUUUCUACUGCUUCCAGGAGAUUCUGAAUGGUCUUUUAAAAGAAGUGUUUCUAGGACAAGCACAACCGAUGUUAAAGAAAUCAAGGAUAUUGACGAUGAAAAGGACGAUGAAACGGGAAAGAUUAUUAACAAGGAGAGAUCAGAGACUGGGAGGGUAAGGCUCUUUAUAUACGGAGAAUUUAACUUGUCUGGUAGUAGGGUCACUCGCCUACCCGAGCUAUCCUGAGCGAGCCGACUUUUCAUACAUUUCCUUACACAACGUGGUGAACCGUCUAAAAGGGAAAGUAAAGGUUGACUCAGGUAGAGGGGUGACCCGCCUAGCCUGGUCACCCUUCUAGCUGGGCCAACUUUUAUACCUAUAAACACUUUCGCUCGCCCAGCCGGGUCAACUCGGUCAAGGUGAGACAAUCAAGGAGCAUGCACGGCUGCUGUUUUUAAACUAUCAGAUCAUGUGCGAGCGCUUUUGGCCCGGGCAAAGGAUGGCACUCAUCUCCAUACUCCAAACUGACAUUUCCCUCUCACAAGUCAUUCUGCCGAGACAUUUCCGUUUUCCUACAUUAAAUUUCAAGGUCUCUUGAAGUUUCUGCUUGAGAGAUGUUCAUGAAAGUCUAAGGGGUGUUUACAUGAGAAAACUCGCACCGGUGCGAGUUUCGUACCGGGAUGACUUUCUGAUUUCGCAUCGCGUUUACAUAAUGACUGGGUCAUUUCAUAUCUCGUUAUUUGAAGGUACACUCCAGGACGAUUCAAAAUCGCAACAUUACGCAUGCGCUACCCGUUCCAGUCUACCGGGAGACCGAUUUCACACCGAAACGGUUGGACGUUUCGCGUUUACGUGAUACCGUUACGAGAUUUCGUACCGGAGGAAAAUUCUCGCCCCGGUACAAGAACCGGGCUGAACUCACGUCGGGGGAUGACUCGCGCCGGCAUGACAUUUUGUGGUGGUAUCAUGUAAACAAAUAUAGAGUCCAUGAGAGGAAACCGGAAUGAACUCGCUCCUAGGCGAAAGUCGCCCCGGUGUCAUGCAAACACCCCCUAAGUCUCUUCAAGUUUUUAAGGGAAAAAAAAUUCACAAAGGUGUGAGAAGGAAUAGAACCCGGAGCGAAGAAUCUGCAGUCCAUCACCUAUAGCACUACACCACUGAGGAUUUGUUGGCGUUUGAUGGUGUGAUUUGAAGAUACAUAGCAACAACCCUAACCCCGAAUAGAAGCUAACCUUUUAUUCGGUCAGUGCUUAACCCUAAUCACUAUUCUCAGGGCUUAACGUUAAUCAGUAUUGAUGGUCAGUGCGGGUCCUUUUUUGUAGAGAAAUACUUUAUGUAUGGAUCAUAAUGUGUAAACGUCAUUUUGGAGUAUAAGCUCCGGGCAAAGAGGUCAACUUUUUUCUCCUAUAAACACUCGCUAAAGCUGUUUCGGCUAGGAGGGUGACACUUAAUAAACCCGCUUCAUAUCUGAAGAGUAUCGGAGUAAUCUCAGCACUACAGGCAUUGACCUAACUGCAUACGAAGUGAAUUCGUGUGCGGGUUUAAUGUACGGUUUUACGGUGUCCGCUGGUGUGGCUUAGCUGUGGCAAGUGUGGUAUUCAUCCUUUGGACUGAGAAGCCUGUCCCAAGACCUUACUUUCUAAAUACCCUAGGUUCGUUUCUCCUUUAUGUGAAUUUUAUUGUGUGCUCUUUUGUCCAACAAUUGCAGAACGAUACCUAACGCCAUAAGGGGUCAAUUUAGAGACUGGGUCCUGAGAGCUUUAAAAACCUUUACAGUUUUUUGUUUUAACGGUCGACUCUCUAAGACGGUGUACCUUUGGGACCGGCACUAUGAGUCCAGAUGUCCCUCUUAUAGAGAGUCAACUGAAAUAGUAAAGAAAGGCUGGGACGCAAGUUUUGGGUGUCCAUUUUGGCAAGGUGCCCGUCAAAAGAGAAUUGACUGUAUUUUAAAAGCAUUUGUACAGCUAAUUUGCUUCUUUUGUGUUUAAGGUCAAAUUCUCUGUACUUGUAUCAUACCUUAAGUCUAUUGGUACUUGCAUGUCACUGACUAUCAUCUCCAUGUUCCUGAUGAUGGAAGCUUGCACAGUUGGCGCGGGAGUGUGGUUAGCUUACUGGAGCUCUGCAAAUAUAACGACAAAUGAAAAAAGAAACUUUUAUCUCGGUGUUUAUGGUGGUAUUGGACUUGGUCAAGGACUGUUCACCUUUCUACAGGCUAUAACUGUUGUUCUUGGAUCCAUGGUGGCCUCGCGCAGGUCAGAUGUUUUACCUUAUUUUCACAUAUUAAGUAGUAAGUGAGAAAAAAAAGGUUGAGCAUCACGCCAAAGAAUAGCUCAACAGCUUUCACUAAAGCUAUAGUUUCAGUCCACUGACUCUAAGACGGACACCUUUGGGAUCGCACUCAGAGUCCGUCUCAGAGAAAUGUCUGUCUUAUAGAGAGUUAGCUAAAACAAGUGAAAAGAAGGCAGGGACCACUUCUAGGUGUUCGUUUACGCGAGGUGUCCUUUAAGAGAGAGCUGAAUGAGUUAAAAGUAACAUUGUAGAGAAAAUGGGUGUUACUUGGCGAUGCAGAAAGUCCGGGACUCCCCUAUAUAAGCCAUGUAGGUUUGUGCCGCCCCAAAGGGUAGGGUUUUGCGCCGUUUUGGUCUGGAAUCGGGUGUGGCUUUCAAGGGAACUCCGGGUGUGUCCGAACGUAUUUAUCGUUUCAAUUCCAAAUGAGUAAGAAAGAAAGAGAAAUAGGCAAGUCGAAUGGGAUUUUAAGAUAUCUUUUUUGUUGCUGUUCUAAUCUAAGUAUUGAUGACAUAAUUUCUUUAAGGCCAGGUCUGAGAAUGGGUAUAGAUUUUUAUAGAGGCCACUUUCCCCUUCGCACUGUGCACCCGUCCGCAAAACCAAGAAACUACCGAAAAGAUUUAAGCACCGCGGGGCCAAAGUACAUGCAGCUCAACAGCUUUCACUUAAACUAUGGAUAUGUAGGAAUCUCCUCCUUCUCCGGAGAUAAGAGUAGAGCGUUCUCGUACAGCUAGCGUAUAUAUUUUAACAAGAGAGGGUAAUCCUCUCUUCAUUUUGCCCUUCGUCUGAUCAUAUGGAGAUCGUGUCUAAAGUAAGUGAUCGUAAGGUAACUUUAAACAUCGUUCGAUCAUGAUUCAAACGGUGCACACCCGCUUUGAACAAAGAAAAAAACUAAAGGAUCCCUUCAAAAAUAUCCGGGAACGUAUGGAUGGGACUUUAGUUAACAUGGUACAAUACAUUUCCUAGGAACUUCCCUCUUUUUCUUUACAGGUUGCAUAAUAUACUUUUGAAUAACAUCAUGCGUGCACCGAUGAGCUUUUUUGAUACAACUCCUCUUGGAAGAAUUGUAAACAGAUUUUCGAAGGACAUGGAUGUCAUUGACGAGAACUUACAGCGAGCUUUAACGGACUUUCUUUGGUGUUUCUUUGACGUGAUCGGGAUGAUUGUGGCAAUCAGUUAUGCCACUCCACUUUUUUUGACGAUACUACCGCCCCUUGCUGUUCUCUACGUAUUUAUUCAGGUGAGAAUUCAAGCCACCACCUCUAGUCACUGCGGGGCAAAGGUGUUGCGUGUUUAACCAACCUUUCUCGGGAGUCUCUGGGUUCGCACGUUUGCAAGGUAAGGAAAAGCCGAGGAAGAACUGGCUCGCAGGUCUGGGAAGAGUCUCUCGUAUAAAAGUCACAGAGAUUCUCUUAAUUUGUCGCGCUUAGAGAUGUGAACGUUCAAAUGUUAGUCUUACUAGGGGUGGUCAGGACGGAAAGCUAAUAUUUUUACUGAUACGGAUACCUCUUAGGAUAGGAUGCAACUAUAUAUACAAAGAAAACGAAACGCGGUCAGCUGGCAAUUGGUUACCUGUUCCAGUGUGGUCUCCUUCAGCAGUGCAAUUAAAACCUUUCCAAGCCCAGGUUAGAGACCUUCUCCCCUCGGGCGCGUAGGAUACAGUGUUGGGAGGACUCGCCUCCCCUGCGCAGUUCGGUCUCUUCCCCUACUCCUAGACUUAGCGCUAUAUGUAGGUUGACUUUGUUGUUUGUUCUCCUCCUGGCUCCAUGUAAUUUUUCUCCCCGUACCACCAGUUUUAAAUCCUUCAAAAUUCCAAGUGGCUUAAACUUAGAAACAAAACCACACAAAAGACGAAAAGCUGUACUGGAAAGAAUGCAGCAGCUAAGCGCGAAAACAGAAGGACAAUGGUAAGGGUCGGAAAACGUUCAUGCAUACGAUUUCCUUUAUUUGCUAGAGUACGAUGCAAGCCGAGACCAUUUUCUAAAUAUUCUCUCCACAGAGAGUUUAUGUGGCCACUUCCAGACAGUUGAAAAGAAUCGAGUCCGUUAACCGUUCACCGAUCUACAGUCACUUUUUGGAGACGAUCAAUGGUGCCUCAACCAUCCGGGCAUUUUCACAACAGCAGCGCUUUAUUGGGGAUAAUUAUCACAGAACAGAUGAAAAUCAAGUUGCGUACUAUUUAUCAGUAUCCUCCAAUAGGUAAGAAGUGUUUUCUAUCCAGAAUCUUGUACGUUGCACUCAAAGGAGAAUUGAAAGGUUAGAUAUGUAAGUAAAUUGACAGGACCACACCACAUAGCUUGUAACAUUGACUAAAAUGCCAAGCUUAGUAAGUGUGGUCUAGGCAGAAGCACUGAACAAAUUUAAGUUGGUCUUGGUUCUGCAGCUACCAAAAUAAUUACAAGGUACAGUUAUAUCGCACAUUCUCGAGGACGGUUCGCUGAUUCAGACGCCUCGAAUCCAAGACAAUGUAGGAUAUUUAGCUGUUCAAGUGAGGUGGCCGUGCACAUGUUUGAAAAUGUCUUUCUUUUCACAGAUGGCUUGCAGUUCGUCUUGAGUUCAUUGGGAACUGUUUGAUAUUAUUCGCCGCAUUGUUUGCUGUUUUAAGCAGAGAUAAAAUCAUGAGUGGAUUAGUAGGCAUGUCAUUAACUUAUUCAUUACAGGUAUGACCGCUGUAGACGAAUAAAUGGAUUUAUUGCGGGCUCCUCUUGUCGCUCGCAAUCCUAAUCUCCAGGUUUUUAUUACGCAUGCGUCGCAUGUAUGUAGCCAGCAUUCGUUUGGACUUCCACUAAGAAUGAAUGGAAUGCACAGAACGCAAUUUGAUCACGCGCGUUUGAAUUUGCUAUCACUCUUAGUAUGAUCACACGUGUUUUGACUAUGUGUCGCGUGAAACUUACGCAAAGCACAGCGAUGGAGCAAAAGCGCUUCGUCGUCGCCCGCACUCCGUAACCUAUGUUUAUUACCAGUUAUCUAUUCUAAACAUUUCGCAGUUUCUAACUAGCUCCAUGCCCCGGCUAAUUCUUCAUAACCAGCUGGCGCUUACUUUAAUUAGACGUGGAUGGAUGCGAGAAAUACCUUAUGCGAGAAAUGCCUUAUUCAUAUCUGAACUGCGAAAAUGAAAUGAAAAUGAAGAAAUGAUCGUCGAGUGAACGCAAUUUAUGUAAUUGCCAUUAAUUGCGUAAAGAAGCCUGAAAAAUUUCAGGACUUCAACGGGGUUUGAACCCGUGACCUCGCGAUACCGGUGCGAUGCUUUACCAACUGAGCUAUGAAGCCACUGACGUUGGGAGCAGGUCAAUUGUGGGUUCAUAUGUUCCCGUGAAAGAAAUGAGUGUUAAUGAUAUGUGAAGUCCUGAAUUUUUUUCAGGCUUCUUUACGCAAUUGCAUAAAUUGCGUUCACUGCGACGAUCAUUUCUUCAUUUUCAUUUCAUUUUCGCAGUUCAAAUAUGAUUUAUUUCAUAUAUCAUUAUCACUCAUUUCUUUCACGGGAACAUAUGAACCCACAACUGACCUGCUCCCAACGUCAGUGGCUUCAUAGCUCAGUUGGUAGAGCAUCGCACCGGUAUCGCGAGGUCACGGGUUCAAACCCCGUUGAAGUCCUGAAUUUUUUUUCAGGCUUCUUUACGCAAUUGAAUAAAUUGCGUUCACUGCGACGAUCAUUUCUUCAUUUUCAAAUAGUAUUGAAUUUUGCGAUUUUUACGAGUUUUGCGAUUUGGGAAACAUCGCGAAAUUUAAUACUCGCGAAAUCUAAAAAUCCCUGAAAAUCGCGAAAUGAAAUACUCGCGAAAAGUGAGAAUAGGUAUACCUUAAAGUCGAUCAACCUCGUUUCCAGGCGCGGCAGCCUAGCUGUUUAAUUAGUCACGGUUAUUCAUACACUAAAUAUCUACGUUGAGCGUAUUCCUUUUGCUUCUUAGUCUCGGUCCGUUCUUUUUGUAUGGUUAUUUAGGCCUUGUCCACACACAUCCAGAUAUUUUUGAAAACGGAGAUUUUUCCCUCCGUUAUCGAAGAAAUACGCGUGCACACAUGGCGUAUGAGAAUCCCGUUUUCGCCCGUCCACACGAAAACGCUAAUACGAUUGAAAUACGAUAGCAUCAUUCAUUUUUUUUUUUCGCCAUUUACCGGAAAUACAACAACAAUAAUCAGAAAUUUAUAAUACAUUAAAGACAAUAUACAAUAUUUUAACUACAGAGCAUGCGCUUUAUGAUGUAUGACAUCAUCGUUUUCGAAAACCUCGGUUUUUUCCUAGCUGUCUACACGAAAUAGUAAGGCGGUGUUAUCAAAAAAAAUACCUUCGGGCCCCCUUUUAGAAAACCUGCGUUUUUAGUGCCCGAAAACGCCUUUUACGUUUGGACGGAAGGCUAAAACGGAGAACAAAUUCUCCGUCUUCUUAGAUAUCCGGAUACAUGUGGAUGCGGCGUUACGUUGUCCUUCUCUGUAGAGAAACAUCGUAGAUUCUCACUCAAAUUUUUAUUAUUGUUUUAUUAUUAAGAUCACUGAUACGCUUAAUUGGAUGGUGCGAAUGACAAGUGAAUUGGAGACUGAUCUCGUUGCUGUUGAAAGAGUGAAAGAAUAUUCAGAAACAGCUACUGAAGUGAGAUUCUUUUAACUUUAAAAAAUGUUUGUUUUUAAAUUUUUAUACAUUAGGUGCUUACAAUUAAUCGUGACAUACCAGUUUUGUUAUAGAAAGCGUUAAAUAAACUGACAAGUAGGUCUUAUUUGAUUAGUAGCAUUGAAAGAUUUUAUCUAUUGGCAUAAAAACGUAGGAAAACGAAUGGUGCUGAAAAUGAUUAUGUUUUACAGCAUACUAAAUAUUGCCUCAUAAAAGUGUCCCUUACAUUUUGUUCCUUUCCCUUACAUUUAGCUUAAUAACGAAUAAAUUGUCUUAUUUAUGGAUUGUAGCGGUAAAUCUUCAUUCAGUGAAUUUUUCUUACAUAACCGUCGUCGCAGCAUACUUACCUUCAAUAAUUUACGUCACAGAUUUUAAAGAAAGUGCUUUUUAAAAGGUUUCUUUACUAUUACAAGAAAUAAGGAGAAGUUAUGCAACUAAUGCCAGGCAUUUAAAAACAAAUAAGCGUUUGACUUAGAUUUCACUUCAGACCCCAUUUCAUCGACCAAAAGGUUUAGCAAGUUGUUUGUAAACAGCCGACUUAAAUAUUUGUCCUCCUUUGUAUAGUCUCUGUCACAUAGUCUUUGUCUGAUUUGCUUUGUAACAGGCCGAAUGGAUUAAACCAGACAAUCGACCCCCAGAUGACUGGCCUAAUACCGGUGGUGUUGUCAUAGAAGAAUUUGACUUGAGAUACAGAGAAGGAUUGCCUCUUGUACUUAAACAGAUCAACUGUGAUGUUAAACCGGGAGAAAAGGUAUUCAGUAUUAUGGUGUUUUAACUAUUGAUUUAACAGGAAGAUUCAGCUCAACACACUUGUUGGGGGAUGCUCAAACUUCGUACCUUGGUUGAAGAUUUCGUAAACAACACAACCGAAAAGGAAAAUGUUAGUUAUUACGUGGUACAAAGAAAGACUGUUUCAAGGUAAGACUUAACAUUGCCUUUCAAUCUUGUCGUUCCAACAGAUUGGUAUUGUGGGCCGCACAGGAGCUGGCAAAUCGUCCCUGACUUUAGCUUUGUUUCGCAUUCUGGAGAGAGCUGGGGGGAGGAUUUUAAUUGAUGGAAUUGAUAUCGCUACGGUUGGACUGCAGGAUCUACGCUCUAGACUCACUAUCAUUCCACAGGUGACAACAUUUAUUCUGAACCAAGCUAAAGAAGCAACCACUAUCUUUCCACCCGGUAGUGACAGUAGAAUAUAGUAUGCACAAGGGGGAUGAAUAAAUUGCAUAAGCCUGUGUUCUGGAGAAAACUGCAAGAAAAAGCUCUUUCGCAUACCAUUGGACUCCACAUAAGUUUAAUACGCCUGGUCAGAGUAGGCACGUAAGGUGUGCACACGUUUGUGAUUUAUGCUGCGUUCGAUUGACCUUAUUCUUGAAUCGGAGUACAAAGAAUAAUCCAGAUUAUCCGUUCGGUUGACCUGCUUUUCCAGUUCUGGAAUAAUUUUUGCAAGUAUUUUGCUUCAGGGAGUAGAAUGCUUGGAAUAAAACGGAAUAUCGAGAUCAUUUUUCGGUUUUCUUAAAACAAAGACGGAGUUUGCGUUCUAGUCUUGUUAUCAGAUUCCAGAGGCAUUGAAUUAAAGCGUUAAGCUUAAAGUACCUGACAUAAUUAAGUAAGUCUGCCAUAGUUCCUAAGCGUAGCAUUAAACACUCGCUUUUGAGACUCUCUGGCCUUCGGCUUUACUUUUAGCCUCCCGUGCUGUGUUAUAACGACAGAAACGAUGACACCACCGUAAGGAAAAAGCUGUUUUACUUUGUUUGUCAAAGCAACUGUGCAUUUUGAUUCAUUAAGAGAUUUCUCUCUCAUCAGGACCCAGUGUUGUUUUCUGGAAGUGUCCGUUCAAACCUUGACCCGUUUAAUAAACACAGUGACGAGGAACUGUGGAAAGCACUAGAAGUUAGUCAUUUAAAGAGUUUCGUUUCCGGACUGAGUGACGGACUACAACAUAAGAUAACAGAAGGAGGAGAAAAUUUAAGGUGAUAUGUUAUAACAUAUUUCAGUGAGCCUUUACAUUUUAUUGUACAAUCCUUUCGACUAGAGAUUUAAAUUUGCUGUAGAAUGAAGCCCUAUUGGCCUUUAAUUUGUAGAGCUAGUUUCUCAUUUUAUGCAAGUGAUUGGCUGGAGCUUCACGUAACCUAUGGUUUAUCAGUUUGUCAGGCGCAUAUUUAACUCACCUUAGGGGCUGUUUCCACUAAGUUCCCGGACACCGGUGCCUGGCUGCGGGCACAAAAUGGUGUUGUAAUCACACCCUAGGUACCAUAUAUAUAAUUGUGCAUAUAGUUGCUCCAUUUUUCCUGUCAGACACCAUUUUGAAACUUGACCGUAACAGGCAGUUAUGGAUACGCAAAGCAGUGGAUUGCUUCGGAAUUAAGGGACAAUGUGUGCACACAUUGACACGGUGCCUACUUAAGUGUCUGAGAGCAAGGUCUUAACCUUGUACUUUGGCACCGGCACCUUCCGUGAAUUCUGGCUUGGCAACUUGACAAAAACGGUGUGUUCACGUUAAUGCCCAGCGAGUACCGUGAACACUGCCUUAGAAGCCAAAUGUGGGUCUGAGUAAUAUUUUGUAACUUUUGCUCGGCUGUCCCUGUAAUGACGCCAAAGCUCUAGAGAAAUACAUGAGGCAUCCCGGAUAGGUUAAGCUAUGUAGUUAUAUUAACACAAUGUCCUUUUUCCCGCAGUGUCGGUCAGCGACAGUUAGUAUGUUUAGCUCGCGCGUUACUCCGCAAAAGCAAACUCCUUGUUCUUGAUGAGGCCACAGCUGCAGUGGAUCUGGAAACAGACGAACUCAUUCAACAGACAAUUCGGCGCGAGUUUGCUGACCGCUCGGUGUUCACUAUUGCUCACAGGCUCAAUACUAUCAUGGAUUAUGACAGGUGAAUGGGAGGUGGAGUAGAAGAGGGCUUGCGCGAGUCAGAAAAUGUGGCCAAAAUACAAAGCACGGCACGUUCUUUAUUUACGGUUCCAUAUCUUUACUCUUUCAUAUAUCACCUUCCGGUUUUUUUUUUCUUUUUUUCAAAAGUAGGCCGCUUGUACUGAAUUGACAUUUACAAGUUAAGACUCAUUGUCAGUCACUUCAAAGCCGUCAAAACACACGUUAUGCCGAACAGACGAGAUAUUAGGAAGCUUAAGCAAAGACAACGGCGACGACAACGAAAACGACAACAACGCAGUGGGCGAAAUUAGCAAAACAACAACUCUGCACGUUCAUCACGCUUUUUUGUCCAUUUCUUUGCCGUCGUUGCAAGUAUAAGACAUGAAACUUCUUAAUUUCACGUUCUGUGGAGGACGUCAAUACAAGGCAACGAAUUUCUAUUUCUUUUUCUGAAUUUGCAUACGGCGCUUAAGAAUUCAACUCCAGAGAAAUUUACCAAAAUUUGACAAAUUGAACGCGAUGGAAUAAGCGCUUGUAAGUUUGAACUUCUUAAGUGACGUUUUCGCAGCCGCCGCCUUCGUCGUUGCUUAAGCUCCCUAUUACUGGGAUUUGGCAUACCUUAGUUUCCUUCAUACCUUUUUGAUUUUUAAAGGAAAUUUUCUUUCAAUCCAAGGGGAAAUACCUCACCCAUUACCCCUGCAUUGUUUUACCAUCCUAGUCUGUCUCUGAAUAGGAGAUUAAAAAAGAUUUGUGUACUUGUCUCUCUCUAGGGUCUUGGUUCUCGAUAAUGGCGCCGUCGUCGAGUUCGAUUCCCCUUCAAAUCUGUUGAGUUUAAAUGGCGUCUUCAGGAAAAUGGCUCAAGAUGCAAAUUUGGCGUAAGUCGUUCUGUUUCGCCAUUGACUCUCUACGGAUGACGUGCUUUAUUGGUGUAAAAGAAGUUUCUGGCGAGAAGGAAAUACUGAGGGUCGCCGUUGUUACACAGCCAGGAAAUAUCCAAUUGCAAUUUCGUCACGAAAGAAAACAGUGACCUGAGUGGUCAAUUGGACACUACUGGACCCCAGGUCACAGUAUCGGAAUAUAAUUAUAUACUAUGAUAAUUUAUAUAUUUUAACACUUU